UAAAUGAUAAGGUCAGUUGUUAAUUGGCGCUCGAUUUGAAAACAAGUCUAUAAUAAAUCCAUUAAAAAAAAUUACUGUGGCACAUCAUCGAAUAAUCGCAAAAUUAAAAAAAAAAGACGAAACUCACAUCUCUCUCAUAUUGAGAGAAUACAGGCCCAACAAAAUCUCGUCGGAACAAAAGCGCAACUAUUUAUUGAAACACAAUUAUAUUUUCAUAGUGUGUCUAUAACGGUUUAUUUGUUGUCGCACACUUCAAACAAAAAAAACGAUCGACAUUUUGUUUCGGUGCCAUUGUAGCUAUAUAAUAUAACUUCUUUCAACUUUGGUCGUUUGCAUAUCACAAUUGUGAGACAUUUCUAGUGCUUCUUGGCCGUUUAGUCGAUUUUUUUAUUCGUUCCAAACAAGUUGCCGAAAGAGAAAUUGUGUCGCCACGAUAUAUAUGAUGAAAUCAAAAGGAUAAACGGAACCUAAGAACAAAACGAAAUAAAAAUACAUUGAAUUUUAAUGAUUUCAACUAAAAAAAAGGAAAAACAAAACUUAGAAUAUAAGAAGCCAAUCGAUAUAGCUCAAAACCAUCUGUGAUUCUAUUUCUCAUCUAACAUCAUUGCCAUUGAGUAGCUUAGUAUUUUGUUUGUGUUGAAUAUUAAACAUCUGUUGUAAAGGCUAUACAAAUUUCGUUGUUGGCACACAAAAAAAUCAAGAGAGAGAGAGAGAGAGAGAAAGAAAACCGUUCGAAAGCGAUCAAAUCGGUGAAAUUUUGACAUAAACCAGAAAGAAGCGAAUUCACAACUCAUUCGAGCGAAGGAGCACACCGAAUUGAAUCAAAUUGAUCAUCGGAAAAUAGACUUGCAGAAAACACACAUCCAAUAUGACUGGACGGUUUGGGAUGCUAUAUUUUUUAACAUAGGAGGAGGGAGACUCAACACCGGUCUCAAAAGUGGUGAUACUCAAACAUUGAUGAAUGACAGCGGUGGACCGAUGCGUGUAGUAAUUGUAGAAUCACAGCAACAAUCACAAAAUCAAAUCGAAAUGCAAGAUCAAGCGGCCAUAAAGGUGCCGGCAACAGCGGCACCAACAGCAAAUCCAUUUCAAAAUAAACAUGAACGUGGAAAAGCGCUCCGACAGGUUGUGGCUGCUUUCGUCGCCAAUCUUGGUACUAUUAACACUGGUCUUAUGUUUGGAUUUAGUGCUGUUGUUAUUCCACAGCUCAAGCGCCCCGAUUCUCUCAUUCCCAUCAAUUGCAGUCAGGAGUCGUGGAUUGCUGCAUUAUCUUCGGCCAGUACACCAGUUGGAUGUAUUUUAAGUGGUAUUUUGAUGGAUAAAAUUGGACGAAAAAAGGCAUUGCUAUUGACUGAAAUUCCGUUAAUUUUUGGUUGGAUACUCAUUGCAAUGGCCACCGAUGUGCCUAUGAUUUAUGCGGGUCGUUUACUUAUGGGUUUUGGUUCUGGUAUGGUUGGUGCACCUGCUCGUGUAUACACCAGCGAAGUGACACAGCCCCAUCUCCGUGGCAUGUUGAGUGCUUUAGCCGCCGUCUUUAUUAGUUUCGGUGUACUUCUCCAGUAUACAAUCGGAAAAUUUGCAUCGUGGAAAACGUUAUCAGUGAUAUCGGGAUUUAUACCAACAAUAGCAUUAAUUUCGAUGUACAUGAUGCCAGAAACGCCAACAUUCUAUGUGGCACAAUCAAAACCAGAAAAGGCAACCAAAAGUUUGUCAAAAUUGCGCUGUUCAACAUACAAUAUUCAACGUGAAGUGGAUCAUUUGCAAAAUUUCGCACAAAAAUCUCAACUAGACAAAAAAACAUCAUUUCGUGAAACAAUUAAAGCAAUACUCAGUCCCACCGCUUUGAAGCCAUUCAUAAUACUCGUUGUAUACUUCAUGAUGUAUCAAUUUAGCGGCGUUAAUACGAUCACAUUCUAUGCGGUUGAAAUUUUCCAAAUGGCUGUACCGUCGUGGGAUGCAAACAAUUGUGCAAUUUUUAUUGGAAUUGUUCGUGUAUUGUUUACGGUCGUUGGCUGUAUUGCAAUGCGUAGAUAUGGCCGUCGUCCACUUACAUUUGUAUCGUCAAUUGGUUGUGGCAUAUCGAUGAUAUGCCUUGGCAUUUAUCUUCAAUAUAAAUUCACUAUGGAUAAAGAAGGUCUUCCGACGCAAUACCAAUGGUUCCCAGUGGCAUGUAUUUUUACGUUUACAAUAUGCAGUUGCAUUGGAUACCUCAUCGUACCAUGGGUUAUGAUCGGCGAAUUGUAUCCACAAAAAGUACGCGGCAUCAUCGGUGGAAUGACUACAUUUGCGGCCCAUUCAUUUGUAUUUAUAGUUGUGAAAACAUAUCCAUUUUUGAUGAGUACUAUAGAGCAACACGGAACGUUUAUUUUAUAUGGUGUUAUUUCUUUAGUCGGUACAAUCUUUUACUAUUUCUUUUUGCCAGAGACAAGAGGAAAAACAUUACAAGAGAUCGAAGAUUACUUUUCCGGCCGAUCGACGACAUUGAAAACAAAAAAACAAACGGCAUCAAAUUUCAAUAUCAACAUUAAUACAGCGGCCAAUGAUCAAACGAUAACCGUGGAAAAGGAAAAAUUAUUGCUUGCCUAAACAAUGCCAAAAUUCAUGUCAUAUUUUCAUAUAGCAAUGGGCAGUCAAUAGUGUUUUUUUCUAAAAAUAUAUUUUGUAUGUGUUUUCAUGUGUUCAUAUUAUAUAAACUUUGAAUUAUUGAACUUUUUUUGUUAAAUAUGACGUUGAAGAUGUGCCUAUUUUUAUAAAAAUCGAACGAAUUAUAUUGCUAAUGCGACAUGAAGUGAUUUGUAGAUUUUUUAAAAAAAAUAUUUUUAGAAAUUACAUUGAAAAUAAAAACCAAAUAGUAGUAAAUUAGGUCACCUAUAAUGUAAAUUUCGUGAUACAGGAUCAGUAAUAGGAAUAGUAUAGUAAUAGAUAUGUUUGCGUGUGUAUAUAUGUAAAAUAGUUUUCAGUUGAAAUCAAAAUGAAUGCUGUAAUUUGAAAAAAAAGAGUGCUAGGUGAUACUUGGUCGAUAGCAUUAGACACGGUGACCAAUUUUAUAUAUAUUUACAAAUGAAAUUGUGUAUAUAUGUGCACAGCGCACGUGGUAUGCAUGCGUGCGUGCAUCCGAAUAUAUUAGUUCCUAGCUUUGUUUUUGGCAGCUUCUGUUUUUUUAGGAUAUGCCAAAUAACACACACAAUCGCGAAUAGUAUUUUAUGUCAAAAUGCAAAUUGAAAUAUAUUUAGAUGUAAGUUUUUUCGAUAAAUUUAGCCAUAAAAUGCCGUUAAGUAAGAAUUGUUGUUUUUAUAGAAAAGAAAAUAAAAAUUUACAUUUCAAAGAUAUGAA